AUGGUGAAUUGUUUCAGUGAGAAAAAAGCGAUCAAAAUUCCAAAUUUCAGUCAUUAUAGAAGAUCAUUUAUGUACACUCCCUGCAAUUGUCCGGUACUUGAUUGUAAUUUUUCCGCCCCGGAAAGUCCUUCCCCAACGUCGGCACGUAAGUACAAAGCUACACGUCGGAUUCGUAAACUGGCAAGAGCCAGAUACCAUCGUGCCAAGUUCUACCAGCGCCCAGUAAGCCAGUAUGGUCGAACGAUUCAGAUGAUUCGAUCCUAUCAGGAGCCGUUUGCUUCAAAUCGUAUACAGCAGUUGGCUGUCCCGAAAGUCCGAAAGCUGAUAGCGGCUCGGGAGGAGUACAAACGCUUUAUAAAUCGUUGCUGGUACGAUCGAUUUAGUAAGCGAAUUAGACGCAGCAUGUUCACCGUUUAUAGCCGCUUGGCCAAUGUCCAGUUACAAGCUGAGCCUGCAAAAUCUACAAAAAUGACACCAGAACAGUGGCAAUAUCAUAAACAAUGGUUGGCCGUGAACGCCCGUCCCAAGCAGGUGAAGCAGCUGAAACCUAAGCCACGUAAGCGCAUGACUUAUUCUCAGCUUCUUGGACGCAUUAUCAACCUUUCAACACCUCGCUGGGAAAGGGAAAAAUAUUCUGGUCCACCGAAAAACCACCCAGUUAAACCGAGUGCCUUGAAGGCAGUACCAUCCGCAAGACUAUUGGAGUUAUGUAUUCCCUACGAAAGACAUCGACGUACUAAGGGUCCCAUCAGAGAAGACCGCCGAAUACCGGAAGAGGUUCUGAAAGCAGUUGCAUCCGACAGAGUUAAAGAGCUUUCCCAGCAUAAGGUGUAUAAGAAUGUUAAAAACGAAUUUCGCGAAAAUCCCUUUACCGUGGAACCACGAGCGCUUAAAGCUAAACCAAGUGAACGCAUACUGGAGCUAGCUAAACCAAAAAGAGUUAAGAAGUAA